ACUCGAAGGACAAUUUCUCCUUUUAUAAUCUUUAUCAACAUCUUGUGCAUCUUAAAUCAACUUAUUGCAACAUCAAAGGCAAAUGAAGUUCUCAACUUUUUCAUUGCAAUGCUAUCAAUUGCAGCAGUUACAAAUGUUUUCUGCAAACUCGUUACCGUGUCGUACUUUGAGGAAGACAUUGAGAAGCUUUUCUAUUGGAUUGAAAAUUUCUACAUUGAUUAUUCUGCGACAAUUUUGGCGGAAUUUAAAAGCAAAUAUCUCGCAAGAACUCUGCCAUAUCUCAAACUUUACAUAAAGAUGUGCAUAAUUUUUGUGUGUGGUUUCUUCAUCUACGCAAUUAUCUCGUACACUAUUAAUGACAUUCUCGUCAUGAAGGUGCCCUACCUGUCCAAAGAAGUCAACGUUUUCAUUCAGCAAGCAAUUUACUUUGGCUACAUUUUCUUCUAUGGCAUCCCAAUUCUCUGUUUCACCAGCACAGGAUUAAUCUUCAUCGGUAUCCUCAGACUUUUCAAUGAGUUCAUUGAAAAAUUUGAAACUACUGACGUCCCGGAAAGUGAAUCAAUGCUCCUUCUAUACAAAUUGCACCUUGAUAUUUAUGAAAAAUUCAUAAUUUAUGAGAAAAUCUUUGCAUACUGCUUGUUCUUCGACAUGACCCUCCAUGGGGGUGCAAUGAUUAUUGUUCUCCUCAUUAUACACCUUUUCCCGGGACUCUAUGUCUUCUACUACAGCUUCUCCGUGAUGUGCUUUCAAGUAUUCAUAUACUGUGGCUUUGGGCAGUUUAUUCUGUCCGAAACGGAGAGAAUUCAAAUAAGUCUCUACCUGACUAAAUGGUAUGAGAAACCACCAACUACGCAGAAAACUCUUCUACUCAUGAUGACAAUGGCAUCGAGACCAUUUGGCUUGAAAGCUGGUGGAAUGUACCAUAUAAAUUUAAUGUUUUUCAUUGAUAUUCUGAAAGUUUGUUUCACAUACUAUGCUAUUAUUUAUGCUCUCUUGUAAAUUGAGAGGGGGAACUUUAAGAAGGAGUUCUUGUAU